GUGCCUUGUGGUUGGUGGAAAGUCUGCCUAGGGCGCAGUAGCACUCAGCCACUUGCUCAUACUCUAUUUGGAAUUUAUCCCAUCAUUAUUAUCAUUAUUGACAAAAACUACCUUUCUAUGUCACAUGGCUGAGUGUUAGUGUGGCACUAUUGUAUCAGCCGUGCCUCAAACAGUCCAUCGUGAAUGAAGCCUGGGGCGAGGGUGAUUUUGCCAAUUCGACUUCGACUUAUAUGUCAUGAAACUCAGAUGAAGGGCAAAUGGGCUCUGCCACACAAGGCGGAGCCAAGGCUCUAUGGCCACAAAGGAGUCACUGUGAGAUAAAUCAGUUGUAUAUAUAUAUAUAUAUACGAGUAAGAAAUAGAAUAAGUUGGAGUGGACAUUCAAGCAACUUGGUCCAACUUUAAAUUGAAGCAAAGUGUGGAGAAUAUCAAAACUAACUUCGGAAUAUCGUUACCUUCGUCCAAAGACAGAAAGGGGAAAGCAAACACGUACCAACUGAGACACGUAUUUGUUUGUCACCUGUCCACAUUAGACUCCGAACUAUUAACAUAGCUGAAUCAGAGUCCUACUGAGCACCAACAUACAAAAUGCCAUAUAUUACGUCCGACUCUUCCUAUUCCUCCUCAACUUCUACCACAUCCACCCUAUCCAGUUUCAGGACCCCAGAUUGCACAAGUCAAUGCCGAUACGGCGGGUGUAACCACCAGCAGAACAUCAAUAUGGGUCAUAAUCCAUUCAAUGUAGACUCCCAGCUAUCAAGCCAAGCUUCCCAGCUUCGGUUGGCUCCCGAGGGAACGGGGCGAUCGUCCUCCAAUCGGAGCCGUUCCCCCUCCGGAUUCUCGCUACGUCGAAGUCUUAGCGGCCGCAGCCAGAACGAGUCCGGCGAGCGCCGAAGCCGGGCUUCCAUAUUCACCGGUCUAUUCUCCAACUCGCGCGGUAAUAGACAGCAGAGCCCGCCUCCGCCGUACUCCCCGAGCGCGGCGGAGGAGCCUCUCGUAGUUUCCGAACUCCCAGCCGAGACACCGCAGACGAUCCAAGACGACCAGUACGCCUUCCUCAAAGAAUUCAACACGAUCUUCCUGAUCGACGACUCGCUGUCGAUGAAAGCGGAGCGGCGCUGGGAGGAGACGCAGAAAGCCAUAUCGGCGAUCCUGCCGAUCUGCAUGGAGCACGACGAGGACGGCGUGGACGUGUACUUCCUGAACCACCGGACCUCGGACCGGGGCGACGCGCUGCGCGGCGCCGUCGGGUCCGGGUACCGCGGCGUGCGCGAGGCGCGCGUCGUGCAGAACAUGUUCAAGUACAUCAAGCCGAGCCUCGCGACGCCCACGGGGCUCAGGCUCGACCACAUCCUGCGCGCGUACCUGAAGAACUACGAGGCGCUGGUGCGCCGCACGGGGGGGGACGUGUACUGCGUGCGCCCGAUCAACGUGAUCGUCAUCACGGACGGCCAGCCGACGGACGAGCCCGGCGAGAUCAUCGCCCAGGCCGCGCGCCGCCUCGACGAGAUCCGCGCCCCGCCCCACCAGAUCGGCAUCCAGUUCUUCCAGGUCGGGCGCGACCCGACGGCGACGCAGGCGUUGAGGGAGCUCGACGACGAGCUGUGCCGCCGCGAGAGCAUACGGGAUAUGGUUGACACUGCGACCUUUAAUGGGGCGAACAAGGCUGACCAACCUACGCUCACGGCGGAUGGGAUACUGAAGGUUGUGCUUGGCGCUGUGAAGAGGAAGUUGGAUCGUAAGGUCUUGGUGAGGGUUGAUGGGCCGGCUCGCUAAGUAGGUACGAGAAUAGAUUACGGAGGGAGAGGGGGAGGUUAAGGGGAUAGAAGGGAACGGUUAGAGAAAAGGAAAAAGGGGGUGCUACGACGCCCUCGUUUAUUGAUAUUGAUACCCUUUUCUCUCGGCGUUCUCGGUGGCUUACAGGGGAAGACGGGAAACGAAGAGAUGAUUGCCAUUCUAUUCUUGAAUUGUAUUAUUAGACUUUACUUCUUCUAUUAUUUUUAACUUCUCAGAUUGGAGGCGGCUGUUUGAAGGAAGAUAUCGGUUUAUCAGGCAGUUCGCAUGUAUUAGUAUCGACGGGUUAUACCAUAAGUAGAAAUAUAAACAUGCGUUUCUCAUUUAUA